AUGGAUUUUCUGAACGCCCUAUGGAGCAUUUGGGGAUUCUUUGUCGGAAUUUCAGUGGGUCUGGUGGUCGGAUAUUUCUUGUUUAUAUACUUCAAACCAAGCGAUGUGAAGGAACCUGAGAUUAAGCCGUUGACUGAACCUGACUCUGAAACCAUACAGCGGAUGCUCCCUGAGAUGCCGUUGUGGGUGAAAAAUCCUGAUUAUGAUCGUAUGGACUGGCUAAACACGUUUAUUGACUAUCUCUGGCCUUAUCUUGACAAGGCAAUUGUGAAGACAGUAAGAGCUGUUGUUAAGCCUAUAAUUGCCGAGGAGAUUCCCAAGUAUAAGAUCAAGUCGGUCGAAUUCCAAGAGCUCACGCUCGGCUCACUCUCGCCCACUCUUCAAGGUAUGAAAGUCUAUGAAAUGCAUGAAAAGGAGUUGAUAUUGGAACCUGCAAUCAAAUGGGCUGGAAAUCCCAACAUCAUGGCUGCAGUUACAGCAUUUGGAUUAAAAGCUACCGUUCAGCUGGUGGAUCUGCAAGUUUUCGCGGUGCCACGGAUCGUCUUGAAGCCACUGGUUCCGAGCUUUCCUUGUUUUGCAAACAUUUCCGUGUCUCUAAUGGAGAAGCCACACGUCGAUUUUGGACUAAAGUUCAUGGGGAUCGACCUGAUGUCAAUACCCGGUCUUUAUACGUUUGUCCAGGAGCGCAUAAAAGAUCAGAUUGCAAGCAUGUAUCUAUGGCCAAAGACUCUAAAAAUACAAAUUAUGGACUCAGCUAAAGCGUUUAAGAAGCCCGUGGGGAUUCUCCAUGUGAAAGUUGUGAGAGCAAUGAACCUUAGGAAAAAGGAUCUUUUAGGUGCAUCCGAUCCAUAUUUGAAACUAAAGCUCACCGACGACAAGUUACCUUCGAAGAAAACAUCCGUGAAGCACAAUAACUUGAACCCCGAAUGGAACGAGGAGUUCAAGUUAGUCGUUAAAGAUCCCGAAUCCCAAGCCUUAGAGCUUCGUGUUUAUGAUUGGGAGCAGGUAUUAAUUCUUACAACGUGUACCAUAUUUCUUACCAUGUCCCGGUGGACGGGCACCGAAAAUAAAGCUUUUGUGAUAUCUCAGGUUGGGAAGCACGACAAGAUGGGCAUAAACGUUAUACCGCUGAAAGAUCUUCCUCCCGACGAGGUGAAAGUUCUGACUCUCGACCUUAGAAAGAAGGUUGAUUCGGGUGGCACUGAUAACGAGAAGGACCGCGGUCAGCUCGUAGUUGAACUUAAAUAUAAACCGUUAAAAGAAGAAGAGAUGUCGAGGGGUUUUGACGAAAUGCAUGAAGUACCGAAAGCUCCCGAAGGAACGCCUGCUGGGGGCGGUUUGCUGGUUGUCAUAGUUCAUGAAGCUGAGGAUGUUGAAGGAAAACAUCAUACCAACCCAUUUGUAAGGAUUUACUUCAGAGGGGAUAAGAGAAAGACUAAGCGGGUGAAGAAGAACAGAGAUCCGAGAUGGGAGGAGGAGUUCCAUUUUGCGCUAGACGAACCGCCCACGAACGACAAAGUACACGUAGAAGUAGUCAGUACUUCUUCAAAAAUAGGUUUGCUGCAUCCAAAGGAAUGUCUUGGCUAUGUGGACAUCAGCCUGUCGGAUGUGGUGGCCAACAAAAGGAUUAACGAGAAGUACCAUCUUAUAGACUCAAAGAAUGGACGCAUCCAUGUCGAACUGCAAUGGAGAACUUCCUCGUAGAACGCUUCUUUCAUGUUCGUAUUCGUUUGUACGGUUUUUGAGCUGUAUAUUCUGUGCACGUUUCGUGUAACUUUUAUAAUAUGUUAAGAAAUAAUGUGAUGCAGGCUAAUAGUAGGCGGUUGAUUUAUGUUCUUGUGAA